UGGAAAGAGAGAGGAGCUGGGUCAGGCUCUUUCUGACACACUUCCUGCUCUUCUGUCGAGCAGGUUAUUUUGAAAGUAAAUGGCGCAUGAAGUCUUGUGGUAGUUUUCCGUGGAUUAAGCUGGACUCCGAGUGCAUUCAACCGGAUCGAUUUAUUUUCAAUAACCUAUAAGAAACAAUAUCAGCUGUCUGUCCCACAGACCAGAGACGGGAUUGUACCCAGUAUUGAUUGCUCUAUUCCCAUUGGGAAACUGUUCGCCUGCACAUCAGUACGGGAACGGCUUCUUGCAGACAUGCAGGCGAUGUGGUGCCGUCUUUCUGUGCUCCUUGCCGUUGUGUCCAGCGUGGCUGUAAUGGGAGAAAGCACAAGUGCGAAACCAGGUACAACUGAACCAACUUCUGUUGUAACAACUGCUGAUGCACUGGGACAAAGCAUAGGGAAAAUGCCGGACACAUCUAGCUCAACUAAACCGAUCUCCGUUGCAACAAGUGUCAGUGUGUUGCAGAGCACACGGACAACUUUGCAGACAACUGAUUCCACUGAACAAACUUCUGUUGUAACAAGUGCCAAAGCACUGGGACAAACCACAAGUGAAACUCUGGAGGUAUCUCAUUCAACACAGCCAGCUUCCACUGGAGUGACCCAAAACCCAAGCAGCACAACGAGUUUACCAGCUCCUUUAACUCUGUAUCGAUCCAGCACAAGCACGCUCACUUCCACAACAGAUCCCCGGAUUCAAACAGCCCAAGGUGUCAAUUCUUCUCAACAACCUACUACUGAUGCGAUAGGAUUGUCUGCCUCUACUGGACUUGAAGAAGGGACCAGUACCAGCCAGGAGCCCACUGUCACUGAUAGAUCUGAGCAGUGGACGACAGCUGACCCUGCAAGUGUGUCUGAAGUCACAUCGUUCUCUACUCCGGUCACCAAUAUUUCAGAGGGUAAUGGGAUUCUUGGUCCAGGUGUAAAGGGGAAAACACAAUCUCCUCCAACCAGCAUGAUUACUUCAGCAACAACAACUACUGCUGCCACUUCCAGUAAAGCAAGCGGAAGCAAGGUGACCUCAGCAGUUCCCGUUGUCAAUCAUCUCACCAAAGUCACCACCAAAAAUUACAAUAGACUUACAACUGCUCAAGCAACAACCAAGAAAAUUAGUCUUGUGACUCAGUGCCUCAUAGUCAUUGCCAUUCUGGCAGGCAUCUGUACCAUCUUUGUCAUCUGUACCAUCGUCCUGUGCACCAAGCUCUCCACCCAAAGGCACAACUACAGAGUUAACCAGAUGAAUGGCACAGAACUGAUGUGCAUCUCUGCUCUACUGCCUGAAGAAGAAAGAAAGAUGAGGAAAAAACUGCGCCCAAAACGGUUAAGAGAUUUGAAGGAAACCAUGACUGGGCAAAACAGCGACACUGAUGACGAUGACCUUACCCUCCAGAGCUUUGUGACCGAACACUAGAGCUUCCCAUUAACCUGUAGGCGCAGAGACAACCUCCUGGCCCUGAGAUAAUUAUACAGCAACUGGAUGAACCAAAUAUUGAGCUUUGAUUAAUAACAUAGAAGUAUCUCUGCAGACUGAGAUCUGAAAGGUAUCGAGGAGUGAUGGUUUUCUCUAUAUUGUGUUCUUUUGGACUUCCUGAUUUACACACUGCUCUUGCAAAGGCUUUUGUUAUGAGCAGACCUGACUCAGUUGACAUCUGACUACAGAGAUCAGGUUGCUACGCAAAACUUACAUGCUCUCGACAAAUUUUUAAAACAUCUUAAGUAUAAAUAUUUUGUUUUAAGUGGACUUGCUUCAUUGAGGAUAAUGAUAAUUGGAGGCAAAGUUUUGAUUAUAGAUUAAGUCUCAAACAUUCCUGAGGUCUUUGUGAAGAAACUUAGCAUACUGGAGAGUGAGCUCCUGAAGCACUGAUUCGUUUCUUCUGCGGCCUAGCCAGUCCCCCGAGCUGAGGGACCAACUCUCUUGCAGGUGGCAUUGCAGCAAAGUGGGAUUAACUUAAUAAGGUGAAAAAUGAAAAUCUGCUUAAUUCAUUUAUGAGUCAGAGCUGAUAAUAUUGACCAUUGACCACCGAUCAGUUUGGUAGACACAUUUUUCUUCGCAGACGGGGAAAUGAAGGCCUCUGGGGAAGAGGUGAGGCCUGGGGGUGGGGCAGAUCAGGCACAGUCAUAUUGGAUGGCAAGGAGAACUUGAAGGACUGAGGGGCCCACUCCUGCUCCUACUUUCUUGGCAGGAAGACCUGCUGAAGGAAGUAGUGAAGUCUCUGCACUUUCUAAGAGAGGGUGACACAGAACUCCAAAUCAGUGGGAUGCGUUUCGGGUUCAGUACCACGGAUAACCUACCUUUCUGGGGUUUGUGAAUGUGGUGGAACUGCCGAGCAACGACAGGAACAAAGUGUGGUAAAAACAAUCACCUCCUCUGCAACAAACUGGUCACCUUUAAAUAAAUACCACUCUGCAAUCCCACCAAUUCUUGCCCCUCAGCGCCGCUGUCUGCCUCACCACAUUCGUACUGGGAAAGCAGCCACAAGCAUCACUGAGUUGGACAAAGAACUGACAGACACGAAGAUCUGAGUGGUCCCCAUCCUGUGCCAAAAGAUACUGAGGCCUCAAUGGAUACAUUCAAAGUCUGACCUGCUUGUGGAUUCUGCAGAAGUUAGCAUACUGCCUCAUCUUUCAAAGCAGGUCUCUUAGUACUUUUAACAGGGGGCUGGCUAAGACUCAGUGUGGUGCACUGAAGAUCACCCCAUUCUGAAAGGUGCAAGUAACGUGCAGUCGGGCCUGUGGAUGGCCAAGUAGAGGAACCAGCAUUUCAGCUGCUCUACGAAGUAGGACUGAAUUGAAAAGAUGAAAUGUGCUUGUUGCAAAUUAUUAGUAAACUGUCCAGCUCUGGAACUGUGGGCUUCACGAGCAUCUCUUAAUAAAAUAAGACAGCACCAGUCUCUCUCUGAGUUUUGUUUUGAUAGAAGUGUUUUUUGUCAGCCAUUGUUAUAUGGGGCAAAAUCCCCAAGCAUUCUGAACUCUGGUUUUUAGACUAAACCUGAAAUUGUGAACUGGGACCAGUUUUGAGUUUCAGAUAAACCUUUUAUUUUAAGCUUCUCGAAAGGAAAUGGGUGUUUCUGGUAAGGCCCCCCCCCCCCAAUUGCUCAAACCACCUUGGUGAGAGACAGGGGACCUUCCAUUGAGAGUGCACGGUGCUGGGAAGGGUGUCCCGGAAUUUGGACCCAGUGAUAAAAGAUGCCGUGUGACUUGGGGGGGGGGGGGCGGCGACACAGUAUCAUAACGGUUAGCAUAGCGCUCUACCGCACCAGUGAUCAGCGUUCGAUUCCCACUGCCGUCUCUAAGGAGUUUGUACGUUCUUCCCAUGACUGCGUAGGUUACCACCAGUCGCCCUGGUUCUGUCCCACAAUCCUAAGAGGUGUGGGUUAGGGUUAGUAAAUUGUGGGCAUGCUAUGUUAGCGCUGGGAGAGUGGAGACAUUUGUAGGCUGCCCUCAGAACAUCUCGGACUACGUUGGUUGUUGAUGCAAAAACAGGGCAUCUCUUUGUAUGUUUUGAGGUUUGAAUGUGUAUGUGACAAAUAAA